CGGUGGGACGCUGACCCCGCCCCCUGCUGCUGCCAGUCUGCGCUCGGCAGUGGCGGCUGCCGCAACGGAGCCCGGAACAUGGCGGCGGCGGCGCGCAGCUUCGGGUCCGAGCGAGAGGCCGAGCCGGUCAAGGAGGCGCGCGUCGUGGGCUCUGAGCUCGUGGACACGUAUACGGUUUAUAUCAUCCAGGUCACUGAUGGCAGCCAUGAAUGGACAGUCAAGCACCGCUACAGCGAUUUCUAUGAUCUCCACGAAAAGCUGGUUGCAGAAAGGAAAAUUGAUAAAAACCUGCUUCCGCCUAAAAAGAUCAUUGGGAAAAACUCAAGAAGCUUGGUGGAAAAGAGGGAGAAGGAUCUGGAGGUCUACCUGCAGACGCUCCUGGCUGCCUUCCCUGGCGUGGCCCCCAGCGUGCUGGCCCACUUCUUACAUUUUCAUCUCUACGUAAGUUCCUCUCCAGGUCUCUCCUGCCAGCCCUCAACCACCAGGCUCGAGGCAGCAAACCAGCGUGAGCCUCUGCUUUCGGGGGAGGUGGGGCGGAGUUGUACCCUGAGGUUAGAAGAUGGAGGAACAUCACCCUGCUGUGGAUGGGGUGUGGGCAGAAGCCCAUUUACUGACAGAUUUGCUCUAAAUUACACCGUGGCCACAGAGGUUUUCCUUUACCAUGUGGCAUUUUGUAUAGUGAAAACAGCCUGUGGGUGUUCAGGCUAGUUUUCCAAAUGGAUGGGGGUAGAGUGGAAACAGCUGACACCUGGGAUAGAGGACGGUUUCGCUGUUGGUUCAGCUCGAGAUGAAGGAAUCAGCCUGCGUUGGCAGAAUAUGGCCAUGGGAGGGCAUCCUCAGGGUCCGAGGUGCCGAGGGUCAGUAGAUAGACUCCACCGGGAGUAUGUGUCCCGGAACGGCUCUGGAUGGAGGAACAACAUUCAUAGGCUGCUGGUGACAGGAUGAGUUGUCACACCUCACAGAGGGAAGUUUGGCCAUGUGAAAUUCAGACGUUGAAAAAACUCACAGUUCCACUUCUGAGAAUUUAUUCUAGGGGGAAAGCAAUCAGGCAAGCGUAAACAGGACGUAGGUACAUUCCAGGAUAGUAGCGAAAUACCGAAGACAAUCAAAAGUCCAAUAGGAGGGGCGCCUGGG